GCAGGCCGCUUGAGUGGCUGAGACGUUGUAGAGACAGCCCUCUGAAUCUAAAUGCCGCCUGGAACAACCGUUUUUGGGUCCCGGUUUGAAGACGGAGAUUCAGAUGACCUAGACUGCCUUCCGAAUCAUCACAUACCUCAUGGCAAUGCGCCAACCUGCAGGGUCUCCACCUAUGAUCAAGCGAAAUCCGCAGAUCCUGGAUCCUGCACGAUAGCAAUGACCGCAACAGUUCUCAGCAAGGGGCAUUUGGGAUUACUCCCGUUCCAUUCGAUUCAGAUGAUCAGGAAGCAGAUUGGACCUUGCGACCAUUCAUCAGAACGACGUACAUGUUCGCAUCUUAAAGAUUUACCCCUCAUUCCUCCUAACGUCGGGCAGCUUACUGGACCACUUCUUCUGGGUCAUUUGUUCAACUGGGGUCUCUUCGGCGCGCUGGCUGUGCAAACAUACAUCUACUACAUCGCUUUUCCUAACGACCGGCUGCUCCCAAAGAGCAUUGUUGGCUUCACCUUCAUAACGGAACUUCUGCAGACGCUUCUUGCGACUCGUGAUGCAUUUCGUGACUUUGGGACCGGUUGGGGCAAUAUGGAGGAGUUGGACUCGGUAGGCCUUCUGUGGCUCAGCGUGCCAGUCUUGGGCAGCAUCAUGUGCUUCACGACUCAGGCAUUCUUUGCAUGGCGUGUCUGGAUCCUGAGUAAGAACAAACGGAUAGUGGGAAUUAUCAUGGUUCUUGCUUUAACGUCUUUUGUUGUUGGUUUAUACUCUGGCGCUUUCACUGUUAUAAUUGGGAAGUUCUCGGAAGUGCAGAAACGGGCUUAUAGGACCACUUGCGUAUGGCUCGGAGGCACAGCGCUUUGUGAUAUGAUUAUUGCCGGGAGUAUGAUAUUUUAUCUACACAGGACGAGAACCGGAUUCCACAUGUCACCUACCAUUCUAAGCAAAUUCAUCCGCCUCACUAUCGAGACAGGUCUCACCUGUGCCACCAUUGCGAUCGUAGAUCUUGCGCUCUUCCUCGGGUUCCAGCAAAAUAACUAUCAUCUCGCACCCAGUAUUGCUCUGAGCAAAUUGUACGCUAACAGUCUGCUCGUGGUGUUGAUGACAACUGAGCAUGAGGCGUUGGCAUAUUUCAAUCGGGUUUCGUCCUUUCACGGCAAGACUGGUACCUCCGCCAUAGCUAUAUCUAUUUCUCACACAAGGGAAGCCGACGUGGACGAUGUCUCCAGGGGAAAGCGCAUUCCUAUGACAGAUAUGAACGACGGGUCCCAUAGAGCCAAUCAAAACGAUGUUCUACACUUCACCUCCGCCUCCUCCGCCUAGUCUUAUGCACGCUUGACGCUUCUAGAACUGCAAGAUGCACCUGAACUUCAUCUCUCCAAAUGUCGGGUGUCCGGCUUGUAUGCGUCGGUUGUUGUCAAUCAUGUGAAUUCGAAGGAACUAUCUUUACGUGCACAGUGAUCGAAACAGAAACGGAUGUCCGGACCAUACCGUGUUGUUCGAGAUUUCUGUGCUUCAAGAUGUUUAUCUAGAGUCUCCAUAUCAAAUGAUGAAUGCGGUACUUCCUGUGAUCACUCGUAUUUGGGCGAACGUCGUGCUCAGUGGGGUGAAAUGCGAGCAAUGUUGAGCUCCUAUAUAAAUAAGCAUCGACACC